AUGAAAUAUCAGGCAUCCUCUUUCGAGCAAGCUCAGUUCGUCGCCACGAAAUCCACGAGUAAAAGGUCUCAUCGCGCUUCUCCCUCUGAUGUUGAAAAUGCUCCUCGGAGGGAAUGCAUGACACCGGAGCAGCUUAAGAUCCUUAACCCGUACUAUGAAAAAACCCCACGUCCUUUGCCGGAUGAUAUCGAAUUAUUGGCCAAGGAGAUUCAUAGGCCAGUCCAAAAAGUCGUGAACUGGUUCAAUAAUCGGCGUGCCAAAGAGCGCAGAUUACAACGACAAUCGCAGAAGCCGUCACCUCUGUCGCAAAGCUUCUCGAUAAACGUUGAUAGUGACGCUGAUAUGGCCGAACCGGAUGUCGACGGUUCCGAAUCCGAGUCGGAUGUCGACCAAGAUGCCCUCGACUGUGUAGCGGCCAUGGAUCAGAUGUCACAAAAAGAAAUCGAUGUGGCUUUCAUUCUUAGCAAUCUCAAACGACGCAUCAUCAUCGUUGGCCCUUCCGAACAAAGAGAAAUCGACGUGUUUUCAAGCGUAUAA